UGGAGAAAUAACCCGCUUUGGCACCGCUUUAACUGCCCCGAGGCCAGGUGGCCUCCUCAAACCCCAAGGAAGGUGGAGGACUUUCUUUCUUUCUCUCUGGUGCCUUGACCUCCCUGGCCUCCUUUGCCCAGGGAUGGCCACUGCUCCAGAGGAAGAAGAGAGGGACCAGGACCUUGCCAACAACAUGGAGCCAGAUAUGGACCAAAUGCUCCAAACCCUCCCUAGAAAGGAUCCUGCUCAGGAGGAAAGGAAAAAUGGAGGACACUCCCAACAUGAGAAGCUCCAAAACACGCCUGGAAACAAAUGUCAGCCCAUGCUUCUCUUAGUCCUGCUCCACAUAGAGGACAUGAUGGAAUUCCUUCCUGGGAAGAAGCUGGGGGGAUAGAAUGUAGGUCCUGGAAAAGGAGGACGCCUUGCAGGGAAGAUGGAGGAUACUUGGGGCCCCCCUUUGUGAGGGAUGGAGGGAAUGAUGGCACCCAGUUUGCCUAGCUAGCAACCGAGGUGGGGCCAAGGAGGACCCAGUGGGAUCUCAUACACAACACACACAGAGCCAGGGAUGCAUUAGAUCCUGGGGUGAAAAGAGGAGGGAUGUCUCUCCUCUCUGAUUUUGCAGCCUCUAAAGGCCUUUUGUGGCCUGAAAAAAUGGGGUCUUUCUUACAUCCACUCUUUCCUCCUCCUUCUCCUCUACUUCUUCUCCUCCUCUUCCUUCUUUUUCUCCUCCUCCUCCUCUUCUUCUGUUCCUCCUCCUCUUCCUUCCCUUCCUCCCCCUCCAAAUUUCUUGACUUUAAAAGGAUGGUCCUCUAAGAUGGGCUCAGGCUUGCCAAGCAAGGGAGAGCUUUCCUGGGGUAGCCCUUGCCUUCCUGCCUGCUGCUCCUGCUUCUGAUGCACCGGAUUUCCUCUGUGGCGUGUCGGGGAAUGCCUUCUCAGUGGCGACAGACAAGGUUACAGGGAAGCUGAGUUCUACUCUCUCAUGGGUGAAGAACACUGUCAGUCAAAUGGCCAGCCAGGUGGCAAGUCCAUCUGCCUCAUUACACACUACAUCCUCCUCUACCACACUCUCCACUCCAGCAUUGUCUCCGUUGUCUCCAGCAGAAUUGAGUCCCUAUGACUUAGAGCUACUGGCCAAAUUAGAAGAGCAAAAUAGAUUAUUGGAAACUGACAGCAAAUCACUGCGAUCAGUAAAUGGGUCAAGAAGAAACAGUGGCUCCUCACUCAUAUCUAGUUCAUCAGCUUCUAGCAAUCUCAGCCAUCUAGAAGAAGAUACCUGGAUCCUUUGGGGGAGAAUUGUAAAUGAGUGGGAAGAUGUGCGUAGAAAGAAAGAGAAACAAGUUAAGGAACUGGUUCGAAAAGGGAUACCUCAUCACUUCCGAGCAAUAGUUUGGCAGCUUUUGUGCUCAGCUCAAAAUAUGCCAAUUAAGGAGCAAUAUUCAGAACUCUUAAAAAUGACUUCACCCUCUGAAAAACUUAUAAGAAGGGACAUUGCUAGAACAUACCCUGAACAUGAGUUUUUUAAAGAAAAGGACAGCCUUGGACAAGAGGUUUUAUUUAAUGUAAUGAAGGCAUACUCUUUAGUGGACCGUGAAGUUGGUUAUUGCCAAGGAAGUGCUUUUAUUGUUGGUUUGCUUCUUAUGCAGAUGCCUGAGGAGGAAGCAUUUUGUGUGUUCGUCACGUUAAUGCAAGAUUAUCGCCUUAGAGAACUCUUCAAGCCAAGUAUGGCUGAACUGGGCCUUUGCAUGUAUCAGUUUGAAUGCAUGAUACAGGAGCAGCUACCAGAGCUUUAUGUGCAUUUCCAGGCCCAGAGUUUUCAUACUUCUAUGUAUGCAUCUUCCUGGUUCUUAACUAUCUUUCUGACAUCUUUCCCACUGUCUACUGCAACAAGAAUAUUUGAUAUAUUUAUGUCUGAGGGUUUAGAGAUCGUUUUUCGGGUUGGUUUAGCGCUGCUACAGAUGAAUCAAGCAGAAUUAAUGCAGCUCGACAUGGAAGGAAUGUUACAGCACUUUCAGAAGGUUGUACCACAUCAGUUUGAUGCCGGGCCAGACAAAUUAAUUCAAGCAGCAUACCAGGUCAAAUACAAUGCUAAAAAGAUGAAGAAGUUAGAAAAAGAAUAUACUACUAUAAAAACAAAGGAAAUGGAAGAACAAGUUGAAAUUAAGAGAUUACGGACAGAAAACAGACUUUUAAAACAGAGAAUUGAAACGCUAGAAAAAGAAAGUGCUUCCUUGGCAGAUAGAUUGAUACAGGGACAAGUGACAAGGGCCCAGGAGGCUGAGGAAAACUACCUCAUAAAACGGGAGCUGGCCACUAUCAAACAGCAGAGUGAUGAGGCUGUUACUAAACUGGAGCAAGCUGAGAAUACCAUCAGGGAGCUCCAAGAGCAGCAACAAUGGCACAAGUGCAGUACCCGUUACAGUGAAGAUUUUGUGCUACAGUUGGAAAAAGAGCUGGUACAGGCAAGACUGAGUGAAGCUGAAUCCCACUGUGCUAUGAAAGAAAUGCAAGAUAAAGUUCUUGAGAUGGAAAAGAAGAAUAGCUCUUUCCCUGAUGAGAAUAAUAUUGCUAGGCUUCAAGAAGAAUUGAUUGCUGUGAAGCUAAGAGAGGCAGAAGCUCUGAUGGGCCUAAAAGAACUUAGACAACAAGUUAAAGAUUUGGAGGAGCACUGGCAGCGCCAUCUAGUUCGCACUACAGGAAGAUGGAAAGAUCCACCUAAAAAGAAUGCUGUAAAUGAACUGCAAGAUGAACUAAUGACAGUUAGACUCCGAGAAGCAGAAACUCAAGCAGAGUUGAAAGAGGUAAAACAAAGGAUGAUGGAAAUGGAAACACAGAGCCAGAUAAAUAGUAACCAUUUGCGGAGGGCAGAGCAAGAGAUCAGCAGUCUUCAAGGGAAAGUACACUAUCUCUCUGCACAAAACAAAGGGCUUCUGUCUCAGCUAACUGAAUCCAAGCGAAAGCAAGCAGAGAUUGAAUGCAAGAAUAAGGAAGAAGUGAUGGCUGUAAGACUCCGAGAGGCAGACAGCAUAGCAGCUGUAGCAGAACUCCAGCAGCAUAUUGCAGAACUAGAAAUUCAGAAAGAAGAAGGGAAAUUUCAGGGGCAGCUUAAUUAUUCCGACUCUAGUCAGUAUAUUAGAGAAUUGAAAGAUCAGAUAGCGGAACUUAAUCAUGAGAUCAGAUGCCUAAAAGGCAAGACAAGCUUCUCAAGCCCACACACUUUUGAUGGGAUUCAUAUCGUCAACCACUUGUUAGGAGAUGAUGAGUCAUUGCAUUCAUCGGAUGAAGAUUUGAUAUCAAACCACAAUCAAGAGCUUAGAGUUCCCCUUCACUUGCACAAGAGGACUGAUCAGAUGGACUUGAGUCCUGCUGCAGUAGACAGCAGUGACAGUGAUACUGAAAACACUGAAGCAUCAGACACAAUCACUAAGAAGAAAAAUAACCAAAAAAGAGCGGAGUCUUAUUCUACUACGGUUUGAAUGCUGUGGCUGACAUUGGCCUUCAUUCUGUAACAACUUACUCCAUGUUCAAGUGAGUUAGCAUUCAGCUCUUGGACUGCUGGUCUCUUCCAUCUUACCUGACGCAUGAUGUGUAUGCAUCUUACUAUCUGCCUCUGUAUUUGCCAAAUCUUUCUCCCAGUGUCUUGGUUGUCAUAGAGUAGACUGGGAAGGGUUUGGACGGAUGACAACUUUAACAGUAUUAAUUACUACUUCCUGUAUGCUUCUCAUGCUAGAAAAAGCACAGUCACACUUUCUUCCUACUCAAGAACUGUAAUGCAGUUUGUAAACAUGGGGAAACCUUACUUUUCAGAAGAAGCUGUUCUUGUGCAAUAUUUUUAUGCUCUGUGAAGACAUGUGUGCUUUUAACAUAAACAAUUUGUGAUCAACAUGGGAGUAUGCAAGUUGGGUGUAUCAGAUAUAGCAUAUAUCUGAGUAUCUAGAGUGUCUUAUUUUUAAUUAAAUUAAUUUCUAUUAUGGGAGACCACCAAAGUUUCCAAUCUAAAGCCUUUACUUGUGCUAUUUUAUACAAUAAUUGUCACACUUGGUUAUAAAGGAUAAAAAAUAUCCCUUUUGUUAACUUUUAUGUGCAUCAGCUUUUGAUGUGUUGCUCAUGUACCUGAUCAAAGUAUAUUAACUACAAAUAAUAUCUAUUUUGUAUAUAUUUAUAUUUCUCUGCCCCUGCAUAAAAAUGUAUAUUGACUUUUAUAUGGGAAGUAUGAAUGUAGCAAUAUGACUGGUCUUUGUAUUUUAAAAGUAAAAUGAAAUUCUGUGUAAGCAAGUAAAUUUUGGAAUUGUUUUUGAGGAAAAUGGUGAAACACUAAUUCUCGGUUACAUACUUUUGGCUUACCAAAUGACCCACAGAUUCAUGUCCUCCUGAAAUGUAUUCCAAAUGACACUAUUGACUGAUAUUUUAACUUUGUGUAUAUGUAACUGUAUAAUAAAUAUUUUUCAUGAUUUAACAAA